CAGUAACUCAGAAGCGGCUCUCUUGUGCGAGGGGGGGGGCAGACUAAGAGCUUUGGAGAAGUUUUUCAUUUUCAAUUUUUUUGUUUUGUUUUGUUCUUCAGUUUUUCAAUCAGUUGGUUUCAAAAUCUUGAAAGAAAAAAAAAAAAAAAUUAUCCUUUGUACUGCGACAUUGCCAAUCAUCAAGUCCGGAGUGGCCAGCCUGAAUCCAACUAGACAGGGAAAUUCAAAAAACAAAAACGAGGCAGUACCACCUGUUUGCGACCACCUGUUGCUUCCAGUCGAACGGAGAAACUUCUCCGAACACGUGACAACUCAAUCCGCUACCGGCCCUGGCAAUGGCCCAAGUUCGUCAUUUAACGGCCGCUUUUUUAGCGGUUGCUCUGCUAUUUUGCUGCGGCUCGGUCACCGCCCGCGUUUAUCAAACGGACGAUGCCAUCAUCGUCGAAGUUGAAAACGCAGGUAGCCGGGAAGGUCGAUCGGCCAUGAACGAUGGCGAGGUCGAAUUCCCGUUCCCGUUUCCAUUCGCAGAGCAGGGCGACACGUUUGCCGUAGACAUUUCAGCCGGCCAGUCUGCCAAUCUGCCGAGCAGCAGCAGUUUGUUGGUGUCGGAAAAAUCGUGUUUCACCACCGAGGGCCAACUCGGCUCGUGCACGUCUGUUCACGCCUGUUACCCGAAAUUCAAGUUGCCCCAGUUGAGUAACCUGGAGACGUGGGUCAUCGGCACACGCGGGACGUGUCACUACGUCGAAAGGGACGGCAGACAGGUUUACGGAGUCUGUUGCGCAAAACAAGUCGCAGCUCCUGAGGGCGUCAUUUUCGGCAGCCUUUAUGGGACCGUUCCGACCGUUCCAAUCAACCCGGAUACCGGUCUUCCGCAGCCCAAUUUCCCUUGGUGGUUGUACUUUCCGUACAGGCCGAACAACGUGACGACCACCACCACGACGACCACCACCACGACUACAACAACCACAACGACAACAACACCUCCACCUCCGCCGCCGAAAGAAGCUGUCUUCGUCGAAAGCAAAGCUUCAUGCGGUGCUGGACCGUUCAAGACGCUGAGCAUCGACGAACAGAAGCGCAUCGUCGGUGGCACGGAAGCCAUUAAGAAUUCGUGGCCGGGCAUCGUGGCGCUCAAGAAUAAUGGCCGCCAAUUUUGCGGUGGGUCGUUGAUGAGUCCCACUCACAUCUUGACGGCAGCUCAUUGCGUGGCCCAUAUGUCGUCGUGGGACGUGGCGCGAUUGACCGUGGAUCUGGGCAUGCACGUCUUGAAGCCGACCAGUGACGCGCAGGUGUCGAAGAAGGUCCGUCGCGUGACCCGUCACAAGGGAUUCGAUUCCCGGACGCUGUACAACGAUGUUGCCAUUUUGACGCUGGAAUCGCCCGUCUUUUUCACGCAGACGAUAUCCCCCGUUUGUUUGCCACCGCCAGGUUCCAACGACCAGUACACGGACAAAGACGCGGCCGUCAUUGGAUGGGGAGCCUUGAAAGAAGGCGGUGGCCAGCCGUCGGUGUUACAGCAAGUCACCGUUCAGAUCAUUACCAACGCCAAAUGCAAAAGCAGUUACGGUAGCGACGCACCAGGUGGCAUCGUCGAUCACAUGCUUUGCGCUGCUUAUCCUGGCAAAGACUCCUGCAGCGGUGACAGUGGAGGCCCGCUACUCGUCCAAUCUUCUCCCGGUUCUCCGUGGAUCCAGGCCGGCAUCGUCAGUUGGGGAAUCGGAUGCGCACAACCCAAAUAUCCUGGUGUCUACGCCAGGGUGACGUCGUUCAUGAACUGGAUCGGUAAAAACGCCGUCUGAAAGACGCCAUUGACUGCAUUUCACAUCACGAGGGCUGUUCACAGAACAUAACACAAGUAAAAGCAUUUAACAAGCCCAGUGAAAAACGCACCGGGAGAACAUCGCGCAAACAUUUCUGUUUCUCUCUCUCUCUUUCUCUACAAUUCGAUUUGUUGAAAUAAUUUUUUAUGUUAUUUGGGGGGGUUUCUAUCCAUUUAAAACAUCCUAUUUAAUUUCCAUAUUAAGCCUCCUUGUUUGUUUGUUUGUUUUUGUUUUGUUUUUUUAUUUUUUUUUUAUGCUACCUUCUGAUUCGGCCGACGUUUCGUUUUUUUUUUUUUAUGCAUUAUCCAAUGUCGUGAUAUGAGAUGUUGAUUUCUUAUCCCAAAAUUAAACCAUUAAAAAAACGGUCAACUAUA